UAUUAUUAUUAGAGAGGUGGAUAUAUUAACAGCUUUGAUUAAUAAAAAACUAUUGGAUGUAUUAAUCUGAUCUUAAAUUUAAUAAAGAUUAUUUUUGAAAAUAGAUUUUAAAAGUGAAUUAUUCAUUUAGUGACACAGUUGGAUUUGUGCUGUUGCUGGUAUUUUGGGUCGUUGCUGAACUCCUUGCCCCAAUAACAUGUCUUCCUUUGUAUAGCUACCAAUGGAAGAGCCAUCUCCUAAAAGACCAAGAGGAAGACCAAAAGGAAGCACAAACAAGAGUCCAUCUCAAGCAGCUCAGAAGGCGCCAUACAGCAGGCUGGGAAGGAGAAAAAGAGGGAAGAAGCGAGUGAGCGGGAGAGAAAGAGAGCCGUCUCAGCAAGUGAAUGGAGCCUUGGUGAUGAGCACACCAAGCGCCAGAGCCGACCAGCCUUCCACUUCUUCUGCGGCAGCAGCAGCAGCCCAGGAGCAUCCUGCCAGCACCGAACCACUGAAGAGGGGGCGCGGAAGACCUAGGAAGCACCCACAAGUCAGUAUCUCUCUUGUUCCUCCACACACAAACUUUGCUCAGCCUUAUGACUCAUAGGUCCAGCAAUGGGAC